GAAAGGCAUGGCGGGGAGGUGGCGCCCAGGGCUUGGCGUCCCGGGCCGCGCCGCGGCGCCGUGCAUUGUGGGAGUUGUAGUCCACCCGAUGGCGCCGGAGCGUGCCGCCGGUUGCUAGGUGACGACGCCAAACAGCCGCGGCGUCCUGCCUACCGGGAGCUGACGGACGACGACUGCCAACACUUUAGCCCCAGCUGGCCCAGGAAACUGCUGCGGUGGCAGGUGGCGGCGGCAGGAGGGCUCGGCUGCCCCGAGCGCCCGCGAGGGCCUGAUGAAGAAACCGUCACCUUCCCGGGCAAAGCUGAGGGACGCUCAGAGGCUGGUUCGAGAGGCUUCUGCCCUAAGAAGAUGGCCUACUAUGGAAAAUGCAUUGAAACUGUGAUCGAGCAACUCGACAAAUUCACACCCAAGAGGGACAACCCUGAGCAGUUCCUGGAGGCUGCGGCCACCUCCCUGCAGGCUCUGAGCCCCCAGAAGCAGAGCUUUGUUUUGGAGGUUCUGUCUGGGUGCCUCGAGUACCGGAAGCUGCUGACCGUCGUGGUGGAUGCCUUCUACGUGGAAGAUGGCCGACUCUGCCUGCGGGUUGACCACAGCCGCUUCGAGGUGAUCUGCUACCUAGCCACAUUCCUGCUGGAGGAACUCGGCUUCCAGCUGUUCUGUAACAUCAUCAAGUCCCAGCCCGUGGAUAAGAUGUGCAAGUUCCUCAGGUUCUUCUUCAACCCCCUGCACCUGUGCUCAUGGAUCAAGGACGAGUGGAGCCUCAUCUACGAGCCGGCCCACGUGAAGGAGAACUGGAUUGACCCCCUGAUGAGAUGGCAGCCAGAGGUCCAGGAGCUGAUCAACCACCUGGAGGGCGUGUCUACCAGUCAAUCCUCUCCUUUAAAGACCAAGGCCAAGGUCACAGAGCCCAAGGAAUUCAACCUGACCGCCCCCAGGCCCCGCACCAUUCCAGCGCCCGAACCAGUCCCGGUCGUGGCCAAGCCGAGACCCGUCCCCCAGAGCACCUACCAGCCACCCAAGGAGCAGCAGCAGCUGGAGACAGUCAAGAGGUACAACCGCCGAAAGGCCGAGGAGCUGCUGCUGAGGGCAAACAUCGAGGAACUGCGCUGCGCCAUGCCCAGGUCCUGCAGGGAGUCAGCGCAGGGCUCCAAGCAGCAGCUGCGGCUUCAGUUCCCACCCCGAAUCCGAAAGACUCCGAAGCUGACCUUCUAUAGGCCUGACAACAUCCUGGUCAAGCUGAACACCACAGCCAUCCUGCGAGAAGGGGCCUUGUACCAGCGGCAGGUGGAGCAGGAGCUGCAGAGGGUUGAUAAGCUCGUGGAUGGGGCUGGGGACUUCUCUGAGUUCUUCGAGUGGCAGAAGAAGAUGCAGGCGAAGGACCGGGAGGAGCAGCUGGCUGCAAGCGAGUGCCGGCGGUUGCAAGGGAAGCUUAGCCAUGAGGAGGCCGUCCUAGCCCGGCAGAGCCUCAUGCAGGAGAACAAGCAGAGGGUGGAGCAGCAGAAGGAGCAGAUGGCCAAGCUGAUGCUGCAGCGUGCAGAGAGACGGCUCCGGGAGGACAGGUCCAGGAAGGAGCUGGUGGAGCAGGUGAUAGAGGGGCAGAAGAACGCCAAGGCGGCCCAGACGAAGCUCGCAAAGGGCCGACAGCAGACAGUUCAGGAGGCGAUCGAGGAGAGUAGGGGGCUGCUGCAGCGCAGGGCGCAGGCAGCCCAGGAGGAGCAGCGGCGCCGUUGUGAACUCAUCUCCCAGCUGCGCGCACUCGAGACACAGCCCACGCGCAAGGGCAAGCUCGUGGACCUGACCCAGAUCCCCGGCUACGGCCUGGAAGGAGAGAUGUCCAUAGUGGAGCUGCGAGAGCGGCUGGCCCUGCUCAAAGAGAAUCAGCGGCGCAAGGAGGAAGAAAAGCGGGAUCAAAUCAUUCAGGGCAAGCGCGCCAAGAGCCAGGAACUGCAGAACACGGUGGAGCAGAUCUCGCUGUGCCGUGCAGCCAUGGGGAGAUCCGCAGCCUUGAGGUGGGAGGAGAAGAAGGCCCUUGCGGCGGCCCCGGCGGCGCCCUCGCAGGACGAGCGCGUGCAGCAGCUGCGGCGCAGGAUCUCGGAGAGGGCGGCCGAGCGCAGCAGGCAGGCGGCCUUGCUGCACGUGUCGGCGCCGCGGACCGCGCGCCCCAAGCCCCGGGCGCAGCUAGAGGCGCAGCACUGGCUGGAGCUGGAGCGGAGCCGCGAGCGCAGGCUGCAGGCGCUGCAGCAGGGAGGCUCAGGACCCGGGCCCGCGCGCCGCCUGGAGGCCGCCUGAGCCGGGCCGAGCGCGCCCCACCCGCUUGCGGGCCACCCGCUACACCCACCGCCCCAAUAAAGCGUGCGGCCCGCGGUGCGCGCCUCCUCUUCCUUGGCCGGGCCCCCCUCGGCCCCGGCCCCCCUGCCUCCGCACCCCGACCGCACCCCUCUCCCUCCCUAGCGCCCGUCUGCCCAGAAAAGCAUUGCCGGAUAAAAGGCAGGACGCCCAGUUACUGCGUGGGGACAAACUUAGGCUAAAAAUGUAUCCUCUCCUUAUCGGGAAUUCAACUGAACUGGGCAUCCUGCAUUUUUAUAAGCGAAAUCUGGCCACCCCGGCCCAGGUCCUAGCACUUCCCUACAGCCUAGCAUAAGGCAUUCCUGGUGCGCACCCCUUCGAAACUCCCAGAACCCCUUCAGAUGUGGAAAUUUGGAACACCCACCCUUUGCCGGCAUCCAGGUGGCUUCACCUAGGGAACCCCCAAGACUGAGUGGCGACUGUGAGUGUACGUUUGGCUGGGGAAGUGGCCAGGAUUCUUGAGCACCAACGUUGCACUGGCCUUUCACGCGCCUCCACCAUCCUCACUAUGGUCCAGGGACGUAGGAACUGGCCUGCCCCUGUUCUGCUGAUGAAGCCACAGGUGCUCAAAGAGGCGAUGUGACCGGCCUAGAGGGCCAAAACCCAGAGCUGCGCCUGGGAGCACCCCCUCCUCCCCUUUCUCUAGCAUCAGAAGCAGCCCAGAUCCAACAAGAUCAGGGCCAAUGGAGGCAGGACUUCACCCAGGGCAGGGACCAAGAUGGAUUGGUUCUGCAGUGUCCCGGGACUCCGUGGGCUACAGAAGGCUCCAUCUUGAGGACAGGCUUGCUGAGUGAACGCCUGCUGGUGACAGCCUCAAGAACAAAGUACAUUAAGCCACCUUCUUCCCAGGAAAGAGAGAAAAGCGUCAAGUCCAUGGGGUGGUGAGCAGAGCAGUAAGGGGUUGGGGAGUGGAAACUGACAGAUAAGAUAGAUGUCCAGGGGAGAUAUAUUUCCUUCCCCAACUCCCAAUAUCCUCCUUGGGCCUGCAGAGGAGAUGGUGCCUCAGAUGAGGAGGCUGAGUCCCAGGGUACACUCAGACCAGGAAGGCAGGCAUCUCAGCAGUGACAAGAACAGGCUAAAGGACAAGAGCCCUACUCCAAUAUUCUGAGUUUGUGAGAACCCCAGGAUUUUACCACCCAGGUAGGUAAGGAGAAGAAUUUCCACAUCUCUGUAGAAUUGCAGCUGGGAGCAGAUUAAAUUUCAUUUAAAGAAAUAAACAUUGGCCAGGCAAGGGGGCUCAAACCUGUAAUCCCAGCACUUUGGGAGGCUGAGGCAGGUGGAUCACCUGAGGUCAGGAGUUUAAGACCAGCCUGGCCAACAUGGUGAAACCCCGUCGCUACUAAAAAUACAAAAAUUAGCUGGGCGUAGUGGCCGGCGCCUAUAAUCCCAGUUACUCGGGAAGCUGAGGCAAGAGAAUGGAAUCGCUUGAACCCAGGAGACGGAGGUUGCAGUGAGCUGAGAUCGCACCACUCCAGCCUGGUGACAAGAGUCAAACUCCAUCUCAAAAACAAAGAAAUAAACAUUGCUCAUAUCCCGUGUUGUGUGAUCCAAACCCAUUUAAUUUGAUAUUGACGGAAUACAUUGAUGAUGCCUGGCCUAGAAAGCCCCUCUGAGCUCUGGGGGUUUCAAAGGGGGAUUUAUUAGCUCUCAUAAUGCCAAUCCAAAGGCAGCAGACUUCAGGAUGUACCCGAUCCAGGAGCUCAGUCUCCACUCUGGUAGCAGUUCCAGACUGAGGAACAAAGAACAGUUGCCCCAGUCUCAUUGGCCUGAAUUGAACAUGCUUGUGCUGAGCCAGUUCCUGCAGUGAGGGAAGGUCUGCAUGGGUGCCUGAAGCAAGCACUGUGGCAAGGCAGGGGAAUUACCCUUCACCUAGAAGGUUGGCCUCUGGAGCAGAGGGGAGAUGUGGCAGCUAACAAAGUGAGGGUACUAUUGGCAACACUGUUGGUUGGCAGGUAACAAGGUCUUCCCCUGCCCCCUCCUGGACUGAGCAGCCGCUUAGAGCUAGCUUGAGAGCACGUGGGGCCUCUCCUCAUACAAACCUAGGUGGGAGCAGGCCUCGGACCAUUCCCUAAAGUUGUGGCCUGGGAGUAGGCAUUGUGUGAUAGAGUGAUGGCAAAAUGUCUGUGUAUCCCUGCCCCUUGCCUUGUGACUUUACACCUCCCAUCGAGAGGUGGAGUCUAUUCCCCCAGCCCUUGCAUCUGGUCUGGCCUAGUGACUUUCUUUGGCUAAUAGGGUGCAACAGAAGUGACCACGUGCCAGUUCUGAGCCUGGGCCUCAGGUGGCCUUGGGGCUCCCACUUGUUCUCUUGGAACCUUAGCCAGGCCCCAUGUGAGCAUGACUAGGGUGGCCUGCUGGGAUCAGAUACUAUGUGGAGGACACCAUCUCAGAGGCCAUCCUAGACUAGCAGAGCACAAAAUGAGAGGGCAGCCGGACAAGAACCUCCCCCCACCCCGCUGUCUUAUAGAUUCAUGAGCAACAAUAAAUGUCUGUCGUUCAAA